AUGUUGAACAUGAUCCGUCACGGAGCGAGAAAGAUCUUCGCUGGCGAAUGCACAGGAGCUCUCGAUGUCAAUCUGAACAUCGAGGAAGUCCUCAAAGCCGGAGAAAAGAAAAAGCUGAGCAAAACUACAAGUCCUUUAUUAAGUCAACCAAGAGCGCAAACUAGCAACAAAAAAAAAAUCAAGUUCAUCGAUACUAUUUGCCAAGCGCACAGUUAUCAAUACACACCUCCAAUGAAGACCAAAAGCGCCUGUGUAUUCUUCAUUUUGAAGCUCAGUCAGAAAAAAUUCAUCUUCCGCAGAAGAUUUGCCCGAAUGGCAACCGAAACCUCAAGCGAGUCGGAGAGCGGAAACUUAUCUACAAAUCAGCUGAUGCUAAAAGAUCAAAGAUCACGAGCGAACUCACAAACAACCUGUCUCAUCUACAAUAACAACAACUCAACUGUACUCAAUAAAGCGCACGAAAAAACCGUCACAAUUCCAGCAUUUUGGCAAGCAACAGUGCCAAAGCGAUUGCUCUCAAGAUUUCAAUUUGAUGAUGAAGAGUUCUCCGCGAAAGGGUUGCUCAUUUCUGACCGAGGCUACUUGGAAGUUUAUCCUUACGACAAAUUGCAAGCAAAACGACAACGCAGCUGCAAAUGGAUGAAGAUCUCAAUGAAUACGAAAGUACCAGCUCCGAAAGCAGACCUCAACCUCAAAGAUUCGAUGGCAUAUCUUGAGAAAUACUACAAGUCCUCCUCAGCAGCUACAGCGAUUUCUUUUUUCACAAAGAGCGAGAAACUGACACAGAACUCCCGACCACUUCUGCUCACCAUGCUUAGUCACAAAGAAAACGACGCGAUCGUGAUUUAG